AUGUUCGACAGCAACAUGAAAGAAAGCCAAGACAACACUGUCGACUUGUUUGACAUGGAUUUGACCGUGGCCAAGGCGAUGCUGCUCUACAUGUAUACCAGGGAAGUAGAAGAACUGCCCACAGAAAAGAUCCUCCAGCUGUAUGUUGCUGCAGAUAAGUACAUGCUGCCCGAACUGAAAGAGAAGUGUCGCAAUAAUGUACUGGAAAACUUGUCUUCCAAAAAUAUCGGCGAAGUCUUCGAAAUCGCCAAAUUGCACUCUGAUACUAUAAUGGCGAAAACAGCUAAAAACUUUUUUGCUGAUCACGUUGGGAGUAUCCUCGAUUCGGAAGAGUGGGAAAGGUUUUCGGCUGAGAAGUUAGCUCUUUCGGUAGAGUUACUGAGCUAUGCCAUUAAAAGCAAUGCGUUCUUUUUUUUAAGAUAA